UAUUACAUAAUAAUAAUAGUAGUAAUAAACCUCAAAACAAAACCCAAGUUACUUUUGAAGAUUCUGUGUCUGUCGUGUCGACGGCAAAGAUUUUUCAGAUUUUGGUCAGACAUGGUGGACAACGAUUCAUGGGAUUCCCUUUCUGAAUUCACCUUAGCUGAGAUUCUGGAAAUGGAGAACAAGUACAAGGCAAUAGGAGAUGAAACGCUUAAUGAGGAAUUCUGCAACAAUCUAGCUACCAGAUUCAGUUGCUCUUCAAACCGUCUUGGAAAAUCUACUAUAACAUGGCAGCAGGUCCAACUUUUUUUCCAAGAAAAACAAAUGGAGGUACAAACUCAGCAAGAGUCAUCAGCAAUGGCCUUAAAGCUAUUUGUUGAUCUUUCUGGUGAAGAUUCAAGCAAACCGCUAGAGGUCAUGCAAAAGCGAAAAGGUACAGUUGAAGACCUUAAGGAGUUGUCAUUUGAAGCCAGAUCAGCAAAAGAUUAUGCAUGGUACGAUGUUGAAACAUUUCUCAACUAUAGGGUCCUUUGUAAUGGUGAACUUGAAGUACGUGUACGGUUUGCUGGGUUUGAUAAAGCAGAGGAUGAGUGGGUGAAUGUAGAAACUGCGGUGCGUGAACGAUCUAUUCCUUUAGAACCUUCAGAAUGUGGUAUGGUUAAUAUUGGGGACCUUGUGCUGUGCUACCUGGAUAGAGAGUAUUAUCAACUCUACUGUGAUGCGCAUGUUGUGGAUAUUCAAAGGCAGACACAUGAUGAUAAAGGAUGUACAUGCGUAUUCGUGGUCUGCUAUGACCAUGACUACUCUGAGGAAAAUGUUUCGCUGGAGAGGAUAUGUCGCAGACCUAUUACUUAAAAGCAGAAGUUGUGCAGAAACAAAUUGACGAAAUUAACCGUAAACAACUCUUCAAUGAGUUGGUGUUUACAUUUUUCGCAAACAAGAGAUGUCAGGGGCCUUCAUCCAAGCUUCUUAAAGUGGCAUUUUCUUAUUGAGGGAGUGAUGUAGUUCGUAAGGAUGAGCAAUUUGUAAGUUUAAUGUAAGCCGUCAUUGAAGUCUAUGAUGAAAAGGAGAGAACAAUUUCUUGGUACACAAUCAUCUUUAGUAGCAGCAUAGCAGUUGUAACCCAAUGAUGUCUCAAAUCCUUUUAAAAAGGUAAUCCAACAGUGAAUAAUAAGUUUAAUAUUAAAUUAUGACAAUAUUAUAAAUUAAAUAAUUUUUUUUAA